AUGAACGGACUGUUGAAAACCGCGAUAGUGUUAGCCGUAAUGGCUAGUGCUUCAUUUGCUUACCCACAAAUGGAUUCCGGUGUUAUACAGCGAAUGUCCAGAAAUUCACCACCAAGGCCUGAAAUACCUACGCCUGAAAUGUCUGACCCGGAGCAACCUGAUGCAUCUGAUCCAGCAGACUCAGGUUUGGAAAAUAUGGAGUCCGAACCAUCGCAACCGAACUCUCCGAAGCCGGAAGCCUCCCGUGAAGAACCAGCUUCAUCGCCAACUAAAAUUCAGAUGGCUGCAGAACCAUUUGAAGAACCAUCCGCGGAACCUAUUAAACCGGAAGCAGAAUAUUCGGCUACAGUAGUAGAAACCAAAAACCCGGAACAACAAAAAUCACCUGCUGCGGAAAGCAACGAAAAGGCAGCGGAGGAUGCACCAAUCGAUCCCGAACUACCGAUAGAAGCUCGCCAGGACUCCGAAGAUCAGCGCGGUGAACCGAUUUCUGCUUCGCGUUUUGCACCAAUCGUUGCUUCUGAACCGGAACAGUCUCCUUUAGCAUCGUGCAGUCGAGCGGAACUCAAAGAGCGAGUUGAGGCCAUUAUUCGUCAAUUGGGUGAACUGAAGGAAUUGUGCGGAAUGUAG